AUGGACAAAACCUCUCCCAUUGCUAUCGUAGGCGGCGGCGCCUGGGGCCUCUCGACGGCUCUGCACCUCGUCGAAUCUGGCCACACCAACAUCACAGUCUUUGAGCGCGAUGAGAGGAUACCGUCGCAGUAUUCUGCUGCGUAUGAUCUAAACAAGAUCAUCCGCGCAGAGUACGAGGACUCAUUCUACACCGAGCUCACAUUUGACGCCAUCAAAGGCUGGAAGACCCCCCUCUUCGGCCCCUACUACCACGAGACGGGCUACAUCAACUGCGUAUCCGGCAAAGCCCCCGAGAAAGCCGUUGCAACCCUCGACAAGAACCGAUCCUCAGUCGAAGCCCAUCCCGGCCUCAGAGACGGCGUCAAGUCCCUGAGCUCCCCAGACGAGUUCCGAAAGUAUGCCUGGCAGCUCAUCGGUCCCCUCGAGGGCUUCAAGGGCUACUUCAACAAGACGGCCGGGUACGGACACUCGGGAAAUGCUCUAAAGGCCGUUUAUAACCACUGCGCCACCAAGGGUGUCAGAUUCAUCCUGGGUGAGCAAGCUGGCAAGGUCACCUCGCUGUCCUAUGACGGCUCCCGCUGCACUGGUCUUGAGACUGCCGAUGGCCGCAAGCACUCGGCUGCUCUGACAAUUUGCGCUCUCGGGGCUAAUGGAGCAUCUCUCGUCCCCUCGCUGGGCAAGUUCACCGUCGCCAGGUCUUGGUCCGUCGCCCACGUCCAGCUCACCCAGGAAGAAUGCGACCUUCUCCGAGGUAUCCCCGUCACCAACGUAAGAGAUCUCGGCUUCUUUUUCGAGCCUGAUCCAGCCACAAAACUCUUCAAGCUGUGCCCCCUCGGCGCUGGCUUCACCAACACCCAGAACGGAAUCUCUCUCCCUCCUGAAACCCCCUCAUCUGGUCCUCUGCAAGAUUUCAUCCCCUACGAGGAUGAGCAGAAGCUACGCCAACUCUUACGGGAGACGAUUCCGUGGAUGGCUGAUCGUCCUUUUGUCGACCGCAAGUUGUGCUGGUUCAACGAUAGCAAGGAUAGCGAGUAUCUCAUCGACUUUGUGCCUGGCACUGACAAGAGUCUCGUGGUUCUCUCCGGAGACAGCGGCCACGGCUUCAAGAUGAUGCCCAUCUUUGGAAAGUGGGUGCUGGAUCUUGUCAACAACGGCAAACAGAAGCUACAGCGUUGGCAGUGGAAGGACGGUGAGCAAACCGGCUGGGGCAACGAGGUGAGCUGGAGAGUGGGCACGGCUAAGGAGUUGCACGAACUCGAGGAGGAGAGCAAGAGAAUACUCAAAGCCCGUCUGUAA